GUGUGUAUGAAAUGCCGGACUUUUCCUUUGCUACCAUUCCUCCUCCCAGCUGCAUGGUUCCAUCGAGCUGUGCCGCAAACAAACCUUUCGCGACUCGGAAUGUGGUGACGCGAGAGUGACGCGGACGGAAAUUGGCGUGUGCAUCUUCGUGGCACCGGUGCCGGCAGACGAAUAAUCCUCUCAACUAACCAAUCAGUCCACACCACCCCACAUUCUUCCUUUAUUUUAGUUGUCAGUUACAGAGCCUGUUUGCUAUCGAAAACCACCAGUGUGGCAUUUCUACAGUUUGAUGUUAAUACUAGCUUAAUUAUACCGGCUUUCAAAUCGCUUUGUUAGUUUGUGUGGGUCAUGUUUUUUGUGGGGGGAUUUUAAACGUGUUUUUUCCUCUCCCCCUUGUGAUUUAAUAUCGUCAAAGCAAAUUGGCCUCUGAAUUUGCCACAUUUUUUAUUUGUCGGAUUGAGGUGACCGUAGUUAAGAGAAAUAUUUAUCCUUUUUGAGAAAUAUCUCGUUUUCAUUUAAUUGGUUUGUUCAACUAUUAAUUUAAAACUUCAUUCCAUGUAUAGCUCAGUAGUCAUUUAACAUUUUUUUCCUUAUUUAAAUCCUCCCCCCCCCCCCCCUCCCCCCCUGGGAAAGCAAUGUAAGAGUAGGCGGGUAUGAAUAUUCCCCAGAACAAUCUGUGAAAUUCAUCCACUGGAUUUUAGAACGCUUUCAUUUUGAUAAAGGAGGAUAGCCUAAGCAGUAGGACAACAGGAUAUCUUGAGUUAAUAUCAUUGAGAUAGAGGACUCAUCUUUGCAUCUGUGCCAUUAUAGCAUUUGUGGCUGCAUGGGUAGCGCCAUUGAGACCCCCAUUUUGAGGUAGUCAAUUCUCUUUGCAAUUGGCUGUUCCCUCCUGAUGACCUGGUUGGACACGACUCCCAGCGGGGUCACCAGGAGGGAUCAACCAAUGAAGUUGGAAGUCCCACCCAGUUGUCUAUAAUAAAAUGGUGGAUGCCCUCUGGUGCUGCCCAUGCCAGUACAGCUUUUGGCCACUAGAGGCCUCAAUCAUUCUUUGGUUAAUAUCUGCUGUCACAACAUUGUCAUUAUCCCAAGACAACAUUCCAGCUUUAGAAUUAUUUUGGGUGUAUUUGCAGGGUUAAAAACAGUAUGUGCGUUUCCUAACCAAAAAUAAGCAAUCGGUUGGUACCCAUUGGAACAGUGCAUGCUUAAUACACUUCCAAGAGUAACUAUUUUUGCAUGAUUAGGAUGGUCCAGUCUGAAAUUCAGAUUUAAGAGGCUUGUUUCAACACUCUAAAUAUUGUUUCUAAUAACCCAAGCUUUAAUAAUCCAAAAUGGUCCUCUAUUAAUGUAAUAUUUAUUUCUAGACAUAAACAUGUUGAAUACAGUAAAUAACAUGAGCAUAACUGGCAUUGCUAUCAAAUCAAACUUUGCUUACUUACAUGACAUUACCAUUGAGAUAUAAUGGGCUCUAGUCUGAUCACUUUCUUGGGGUGCCUUAGUCUGCGUUGAGAUGGGCAGCCCUAUUCUGAUAUACAAAAAGAGCCAAUGUGAAAAGAUCUGUGAUUGGUCAAAUGACAAAUUUGUGGAAAAAAUAUCAGAAUUGGGCGUCCUGUCUAAACAGAACAUCUGUCUGCUCAGUUCUUAUGGGAAUUGUUGUAGUUUGUAUAUUUCCUACAGUCAAAGCGUGUACGUUUUAUGCCUUUUAUUUUUUAAUAAACCAAAAUGUAUUUUGGUGAGAAUCCUCUCUUGAGACAUCUGGACUUUUUCCCACAUCUAUACUUGAUAAUGCAUUGACAAUACUUUUCAGAUGAUACUUAUUUAAACCUGAUAAUGGGUACUAAAUCAAGAAAAUUAAAGUCAUUUUCCAUUCGGCCAAUCAACAGGUCUGAUUUUGAAACCCGAUCUGGUUUUGCCUUGUGAGGGGCUGGAUAGAGAUUAUGCCGUAGGUAGCAAACGCCGGCAGAGAGGAGCCAUUUCAGCCCUUCGGAAACUGGCAUCAACCCAGUGAGUCCAUCGUGAAAGUGGGAUCAUCACCAUGGUGAAAAUCUUCAUUGGGAACUUGUCUCCAGACACCAUGGCAGAGGAGCUGCGCUCCCUCUUCUCCCAGUAUGGAAAGGUCUCUGAGUGUGACAUCGUCAAGAACUUUGGCUUUGUGCACAUGAAGGAUAAAGCUGAAGCGGAGGAGGCCAUCAAGAACCUCCACCACUAUGAGCUCAACGGGGAGCAGAUGAACGUGGAGAUGAGCCGCGGCAGACCCAAAGCCACCACCAAGCUGCAUGUGGGCAAUAUCAACAGCAGCUGCACCAACCAAGAGAUGCGGGCCAAGUUUGAGGAGUACGGCCCUGUGGUGGAGUGUGACAUAGUGAAGGACUACGCCUUUGUCCACUUGGAGCGUAUGGAGGAUGCCAUGGAGGCCAUCAGUGGGCUGGACAACACAGCCUUCCAAGGCAAACUGAUGAGCGUGAAGCUUUCGACUAGCCGCCUGCGUACUACGCCGGGAAUGGGAGAGAGGACAGGUUGUUAUCGGUGCGGGCAGGAAGGCCACUGGUCCAAAGAGUGCCCGCUCGACACUUCGGGCAACUACAGAGAGGGUGCCGAGCCAAGCUCUGACCCUAGGUUCGGCGGUGACUGCGGUUAUCACCGGGGCUUGAAUUUCGGCGUUCCAGGUUACAGUGGCAGUGAUCCAGUUUACAGUGGAAGCUAUUCUCCCGCGCACGGCUUUGGCGGUGUGCCCGGGUAUGGCAGGGGCGCAGGCUAUGAAAGCACAUUGAGUUACGGGCUUCCGCCGGGUUACGGAAUGAGCGCCGCCGAACGUAGCAUGGCACGGGUGUAUGCCAGUGAGGCAGCGUACGGAGGCAGCAGCUGGAGCCACGGCGUGGUCCCAGCCUACCCUGUGCGCCGGUCAUCGUAUGAGGACCGUGAUCCGUAUGGUGCCGUGGACUUCUACGAGAAGUAUCGGGCUCGCCCGUAUGGAGCCAGUUAUUUCGAAGAGCGCCGGUCUGUUCCUUUGCCCAGCCCACCGUUCCCUUCCUCCUCGGCCAUAAUGAGGGAGCGCCUGCCUCCCUCUAGCCCCGACCUAUACGAGCGCUGUCCUCUCCCUUCUCCACCAGCCCCCCUCUCCUCAUCCUACUCCCGCGACCGGAGCCCAUUCCGGCGAAUACCUACCGAGGCGUACGAGCGCGCGCGCCUCUCCCCGGUGCCCUCCCUCCCCAGAAGAUCGGCUUACGACAUCCCGCGGGACCCCUACGCCGAGCGGGCGCGAUAUGCUUACUAACCUUUCUUCCUCCUGUCCAGGUGAGACCUGAUUUAGCUUUCAUAGGUUAGCGUGAUUAAGUUCCCAGGGAACUAGUAUUAAUGUAAACACUAGGUGUUUUGAUAGUUUAUUUCCUAGGUAACAUCCUAGAAAACGUCAGGUUUUCUGUCUUGACGUAGAUUGAUAAGACUGAUGCCCAUCAAGCUUGUUGAUCAAAUAGAAGAGAAUGCGUGCCGUAGAACUUAAAUGCAUCUUGUGGGUGACCAUGUUACUAUUUGGUAUGCUCUUUUUUCAGGUAUCGCGACGGUCAACCGAGCACGAGACUAUCUUUGUUUCGACUCACAAUGUAUUUCGGUUAUGGCCCGCAAUCGUGGGACUGUGAAAGUGCAGACAUUUAGCUUCUCUGUUCGGUAUCUGUCUCGUGUGUCAACUGAUCGCUUAGUAACGUUUGUAUUUCCCCACUAAAAGCAGAAUGUACAUAGAUGUUUUUUUUUUUUUUUUUUUUACAGAAAGAAGUUGAUUUGAAUGUGAGUCCUGCAGUUAUAUGAAAAGUAGCACCAGUUGAAUCAUCCAAUGCAGUUGACUCCAGGUAGCAGUUGUAUGCAUUAUUGUGAUGAAUGCAAUAAUUUGCUAAUUAUGUUCUAAUUCAUUUUAAAACCAUCAAAAUACAUAGGUAUUGUGAAUGAAUGUGUAAAUAAUACACAUCUAAUUCUACUAUACACCUGAGGUAAGGGCCGCAAUGGACAAAUGACCAAAUCCUGCUUUUUGGCUGAAUUGCACCUGUAUCAAAAAAUCAUUCACUUCAAAUGUUACAGUAUUAUUCAAAUUAUGUGUGAAUUAAAUAUUACACUUUGAAUAGAUUCUUAGUUUUAGAGCCUUUUUUUUUUUACCCCCCUUUUUCUCCCCAAUUUCAUGGUAUCCAAUUGUUAGUAACUACUAUAAUGUCUCAUCGCAACAACUCCCGAAUGGGCUCGGGAGAGAUGAAGGUCGAAAGUCAUGCGUCCUCCGAAACACAACCCAACCAAGCUGCACUGCUUCUUAACACAGCGUCAUCCAAUCCGGAAGCCAGCCGCACCAAUGUGUGGGAGGAAACACCUGGCGACCUUGGUUGCCACCAUUUGUCCUGAAUGAUGAUAUGAGAAAUAUUUCUGUCCAUCUGUUUCUCAAUAAAGUCACUGUCUGAAAAGUUA